AUGGAACUAAAACGAUAUCACAAGUCCGGGCGACCAAAGAUUUGCUGGGACAACAGUGACCGAACACAGUGGGGAUCUCCGACUGGGGCAUGGGAGAUAGCCAAAGUGUUUAUGCCAGGCCUUGGAAGCCGAGCAAAGGAUGUUAUCAACGCAGAUGGAACCGACAUCGGUGGUCUUUUGAAUUUGUUAGAAUGGUGUCCUUUUAUCAAUCCCCCUGUGAGUCGAACUCUUUUGAAUUCAGCAAGAGAUGAAUGCAGAAAUCGUUGGGCGCAUGCUGCCAAACAAGAAAUUUGUGAUGCCGAUGUUCCAACUAUAUUGAGUCAUCUCAAUAAUCUGCUUAGUGACCCAUUGUUUAACUCUGAACUAUCAGCCCAAAAGGCGUCCAAUGAUUUGCAAGAUUUGUUUCGUCAAGGUCUGAUUAACGUCAGAGAGUCUGAGGUUGAAGCUCUUCACUUGUUGCGGCAAUGUCUGGAGGCCGAUCUGAGAAAGUGUCAAGAUGACUUGGCAUAUACACUUCGACAUUUAUCUCAGGUCCAAGAACAAAGUAAUGCGAACAAAUCUGAGAUCAUUACACUAAAGCAGCAAAUGGAAGAAGAGUCAAGAAACUUGUCCGAAAAUGUAUCCACGAUAUUGCUUGACGUUGCUGCUUUCAACAAGUUCCUAAACCAAAGAGAUGAUCUUAGAAACACAAUUGAGGUUAUCUGUGAUGGCUUAGAUGAAUUGUCGAAUGGUAUACAGAAGGUUGUCAUGGAACUUAAUGCAGUUGGACUGAUCUUGCCCCAGUUAGAAAGCAACCUCAUAAACUUGUAUUGUGAAGUACAGAAAGUAGCCAAGAAUGUUUCUACAAACAAAAGCUUGAUCUCAAGAUUACGAGAAGAUGUCAUGGAGGUCAAAGAAGAAGUAAAAACAUUGAAACACAAAGCCCAGGUUGGUUCACAAAAGGGAGACGAUGACGACGAUGACAUCCUUUACACGGCACCGACUGGGUUAACAGAGUUUACCGGCCGCAAAUCAGAACUAGAAUGGCUUGAAAGAAGUCUUGUUUUGCUGAACCCUGAGAAGAAACCCGGAAACACAUCUUGUAUUAAAACAAUAUGCGGCCUUGGAGGCUGCGGAAAAACGUCGCUGGCUAUAGAAUUUGCUUGGCGUUACAAGCAUCGCUUCCCAGGGGGCGUGUUUUGGGUCAACGGUGAAAGUGAUGAAAAUGUACGGAAAUCCGUAGUCGAAAUGCUUACGUUUGUCAAUAUCAGCGCCUCAGUAAACGACAACAUAGAAGACAUCUUGAACAAAUUCCUGUCAUGGUUGUCCAAAUUGAAACGUCCAUGGCUUCUUGUGAUAGACAAUGCCGAUGAAUUAAAUGAUCCAACCUGCCCAGCAGGCGUUAAGAAGAUAUGCAAAGGGAUGUUGCAAAGAACGCACCUCCCAAGGAAGCAUGGUCACAUACUUGUUACAACCAGGGCAAAUGCAACACAGAGUAGAACGUUUUUGAAGAUUUCAAAUGAUGAUUGUUUGGAGUUACAGUGCUUCAGUGAAAAAGAGGGUGCAUUAUUUCUAAUGCAACGGUCAGGUCUCGGAGGGAACGAUCUUGACCCAGAAGCUAUUUGUUUAGCGAAAGAACUGGGAUCCCUGCCACUAGCCCUCGAACAAGCCGCAGCGUACAUAUCUUCCAGCCCUCUUCGACUUAAUUUUAAGGAUUACCUUGACAGAUAUAAAGGAGUUAGGCUUCAUCUUUUAAAGCAGCAACAUGCCACAGCUCUAAGUCUGGAAGCGCAACAUAGGUUGUCAAUUCACACAACGUGGCUGAUGAACUUCGAAUAUGUCAAAGAGAAGUCACCUGCCGCUGCAAAGAUUAUGCGCAUUUCAGCAUUUUUAGAGUCUGAAUUUAUUCCUUUCAAUGUCAUCAAUCCUGGAUUUCCUGAAUUCAAUCAGAAGGAAGUGAGAGAAGGUUUGUUUUCUUAUUCGGAUAUUGGUGACAUCCUGAAGAUACUAUCAAGCUACUCUCUUUUCACAGUAGACAACCAGUGUAAACUGUUCCGUGUCCACAAGCUUGUUCAAGAAGUAGUCAGAGAAAGCCUUACGGAAUCAGAAAGGAUAAAGACAUUGGUGGAAUGCGUUCGUGUUCUUCGUUUUGCGUUUUUACAAUUUCCUGUAUUCGAGAAUUUUAAGUUAGGCAACCUCUACGAAUUGGACGUAGGAGACCAACGUAUUGUUUUAUCUCUUUUGCUACAUUUUCUCAAGCUGACGAGUUACAUGGAAGAGGAAAUAAAUGUGCCAAGAGAGAAUGACAAUGGUAAACUCUUUAGUGACGACGCGUUUGAGCUUUGCAAAUUUGUAUACAACCUCACUAAAAAAAGCAAUUCACUUUCUUGGCUUAAUUGUGAAUUGUCAAACUUUUACUUGAAACUUUUAAAAGUGGUGUACGGUGACAGUGAGCCGAACUUGCUUCUCUUUGAGAUGAUCAACGCAGGUAUCAGCAAAGUGAACAGCUUCACUGUUGAAGGAACAUACGAAGGAAAGAAUUUGAUUGAAAGUGCUAUGCAAAAAAUGUUUGAAUUUGAAAAAUCUGGAGUGGUUAUCGAAGCCGAUAUCAAAUUCUAUGUUCUCUUUCAAAAAGCUCAAUUGUUCCUCUUUGAAGGAGAGUUGGAAAAAUCCUACAAUGGUUUGUUGGAGCUUGAAAGUUCGGACUUGCCAAUAAGCGAAGCUGAUACUGCAGAACUUCAAAUGAAAAUGGCGAUGGUUGAAUACCGUAAAGGCAAUAAAGAUGAAUUGGUUUUUAAACGGCUAAUGAAAUCUUUAGAGAUGGCAAGAAGACUUUACCCCUGGGAUCACCCAAUGUUUUUGCAGGUACUUGAGUGUGCCAUCUUCAUGUUCUCCAGCACCGGUAAAUUUAAGGAAGCUGAAAUAUGUGCCAAAGAAAUGCGAGAUAUUAAUAUGAAGCUACCUCCUUCGUCUGAUGAUAUGAUGAUGGGACUGAGGAACCAUUUUAGUUUGAUGUGUCAAACAAACCACGUAGUCAUGGAAACAUAUUUACUAGAGCGUUUGGAAAACAGAUGGCCCCAUAUCUACAGUUGUAUUAAAGAUGGCUAUGUUAAUAACUGCAUUCCUUAUGUAGAUGAUGGAAGCGAAGAAACCGUCGCAAUUUUUUUGCUCAGCAUAAUGAGGUGCCUUAGCAUAGCUUUCAACGCGGAGAGUGAACCGAACCUUUCUGCAGAAAAGUUGACCAUGUACCUACGAAUCGGUGAAAUAUUUGUGUCCCUUCGAUUGAAAUAUUAUGGCUCUAACUUCCCAGAUAUGCGAGAGGUAUAUUCCUUUUUAGCUGCACUGAAAUUGUUCCAAGGAACUGAUGAAAAGGGUGCAUUUGUUUGUCGUCAGGUACCGGUACUUGUUGUUAACCGCCAGGGAUUUUCUGAACAGUACCAAAGCGGACCUUGUGCAGAUUCCAGUGUGAACGAAUCGAGUCGUUACAGAGAUGCAGGUAACGGUUUUUUCAGUUUAGGUGACUAUUCGAGGUCUCUCGAAUUCUAUAACAAAGCCUUAAACCUGAAUCAAGGAGAUGCAAAGUUAUUAACAAACAGAGUCGUUGCGCAAGUCAAGCUUUCUAAACAGAAAGCACAGAGUCAACAUUUAAAAGAGCAACAGAACAUUCUUCAACGUGCUCUCCAAGACUCUAUUAGCGCGAUAUCUGCAGAUCCUUCUUGGGUGAAGGGAUACUACUGGAAGGCUGUUUGUCUUGCUGAACUUGGGCAAAGAGGUGCAUCACUUGCUGCAGCUGCAGUUGCUGAAAGCCUGUUUCCACUACAAUGGGCCCAAAUACCUGCUGUUGUCGAGCAUUUUGGAUGCUACAUUGUAAAAGACGUAGCUACUUCUGAAGAUCUCGGGCGCGCCGUAGAGAUAACUGAAAACAGUCUCGUAAUUGUGGUUCGCAGUGGGAAAUAUGUGCUAACUCAGCCUUUAAAGGUUCCAUCAAAUGCAGUGAUAGUUGGCCUUGGUAAGGUCGAAAUCACCUGUGUCAAAGGCGUUCCACUGUUCCUGGAUAAAACUGUUUACAUCGACAACAUUGAACUAACACCCUCCGCGGAGUUCAUCAGAAUGAACAAAGAGGAUGCUAAAAAGUGCCUCGAUCGUGGACAGUUACACCAGGCGUUGUCUUUGUAUAGCAAGGUAUUGGCCUCAUGUCCAGAAAACACACAGCUUCUUACAGCAAGGGCUUCGACUUACUUGAAAGCAGCGAAAGAAAAGAGCAACACGUGUGAGCGGGAAUCUUUGCUAGAGCUUGGUCUGGAAGACACCAAAUCCACCAUCAGAGCUGACCCUUCUUGGUUACUUGGCUACUCUACGAGAGCUGCAAUUAUGACUGAGUUGGGGAGGAAACACGAAGCCUUGGCCUCUGCUGCUGUGUUUAACCACUUGAGCUCUGGUCGGGAUAUUUCAUCAGUCAUUCAACGUUAUGGAGCGUUGCAGAUCCAUGUUGUUGAAAAUUCAGAUGAAUUGCGCAGUUUUCUUGAAGAAAUAGAGGAGCCUGAAGGAGUAAAUCAAGUUGUUUUAAUGAAAGAAGGAGAGUACCGAUUUGAAAACAGCGUUCAGAUCAAUCCAGCAAUCGUUGUUGUUGGUCUAGGGAAAGUAAUUGUUUCGUGCAAGACUGGCGCACCUUUUCACUUUAGAAAGGAACAUUUUGUCGAGAAUAUUGAACUUCAGGGAGACUGUGGUGAUGAGCCAGAAUCACUAGAGACUGCGAGUUCGACAAGUCUUUUUGGUCAGGAUGAAUAUAUAUCUUUGGCCUUGCCCUCGGGGUAUGACGCCUCAAACGUCGACAGCGAGUGCAAGGUGAACUAA